AUGGAAUUAUGCAUGGGCUUUGCAACUGGGGUUGCAACACAAGUUGGACAAUCAAUACUAAUACCAAUGAAUAGAGAGUUAGGGUUUGUAGUGAACUACAAAAAAAACAUCAUCAAACUUAAGACCGAACUUCGAGGGUUAGAAGCUAAGAAAAAUAGGAUACAAGACAUUGUGGAUGAAGAUACUAAAAAUGGACGCCAAAUUGUUCUAAAUGUUGAAGAAUGGCUUUGCAAGGUUGCAGCCACAGAAAAAGAGUUGGAGGAGUUCUUCAAAGAUGAAGCCAACAAGAACACGUGCAUAAGAGGGUGUUGUCCAAAUUUGGUGUCUCGUCUUUCUCUAAGCAAAAGGGCCAAGAAAUGGAGUGCACGUGUCACAUCCUUAGUGGAAGAGAAAUUUGAGGUCAUUUCCUACCCUGCCCCUCUACCCAGAGAGAAACCUUCUUUCUUUGAUAAUAUUAAGAUUGGUGUUAACAUGACAGAUUUUAAGAAUUUGCCUAAGAUUAAAAGUGUCGGAUUUGGAAUACCCAUGUUUGGUCUCAAUGUUCACUUCAGUUAG